UGUUCUGUUUCAGCAGCUAUUCAACAGUGAAGAGAAAGAAACAGAGAGAGGAAAAAGGAGAGAAAAACGGAGAGAAGCUGCUUACAAAAAAAGAGAGAACAGAGGAAAACACCCAGCAUCACCAAAGUCUACAUCGGAUUUACCUUUAGUGCACAGGUGAGAGAGUGAAGAUCUGCCCUGCUUGAGAAAGAAGGAGUUAAGAAGAGGGAGAGAGAGCCAGAGAUAGAAACAGGGUUAGAGAGAGAGAGAGAGAGAGAGAGAGAGAGAGAGAGAGAGAGAGAGAGAGAGAGAGAGAAAGGCAAAGCAGCGAUAACUCCUCAAGACCCAAAGCAGUUCAUUUGGAGCAGCAGCAGAAAGAACAGGUGAGCACUUGGCCAAUGAAUGGAGGACAGAUGGAAGCGGAGACCAUAGAAAACGAGGCCGUAACGGAGGUAUAAACCAAAGGAAAUAAAGGAAAUGUCCUGGGACGAUUUUGAACAACGAGACUUGCUUCAGUUCUUAAACUCGUCUGGAAUUUGAUUCAUUCCGCUUCACGUUCCAACUCCAAUUUCCAAAUAGAGUUCGAACUCCAGAAGUAAAGGAGUAAUCCCUCACUCUAUGGGGGACACCCCAGUGGCCCCCAGCCAGUCACGGCUUGGGAUGGAGUGAGAGAAGGAGAGGAAUUUUAAAAAGAAACAACGUUUUGUGGAAGCGUGGUAACUCUGGAAGCCCAGCGCCAUGCCGGUGAUGAAGGGGCUCCUGGCCCCCCAAAACACCUUCCUGGACACCAUUGCUACACGCUUCGACGGAACCCACAGCAACUUCCUCCUGGGUAACGCUCAGGGUCACCGUGGUUACCCCAUCGUGUACUGCUCGGAUGGGUUCUGCGAGUUGACGGGCUUUGUGAGGACGGAGGUGAUGCAGAAGAACUGCAGCUGCCGCUUCUUGUACGGCCCUGGGACCAACGAACACGUCGCUCAGGGCAUGGAGAAGGCAUUGGAGAGCAAAGAGGAGUACCAGGCUGAGGUCCAGUUCUACAAGAAAAAUGGAACCUCGUUCUGGUGUCUACUGGACAUCGUCCCCAUUAAAAAUGAGAAAGGAGAGAUGGUGCUCUUCCUGUUCUCCUUCAAAGACAUCACGGACACACACGGCAAGGGUCACCACAGCAGCAUGAGAGACGAUGAGAAGAGGCAGAGCAGGAAGAGCGGGAGCUCUCGUCUGAGUGAGGCCCGACGGAGAGGACGCACCGUGCUCUGCCACAUCACCAGUCAGUUCUCCCGUGGGGGCAAGAACGAAGUCAACCUGGGCGGGAAUAUGUUUGAGAAGCCGUCCCUGCCAGAGUAUAAAGUGGCAGCAGUACAGAAGUCCCGCUUCAUCCUGCUCCAUUACAGUAUCUCCAAAGCAUUGUGGGAUUGGAUGAUCCUUUUGGCUACCUUCUAUGUUGCCGUGACAGUGCCGUAUAAUGUGUGUUUCACACCUUACAAUGAGCUCGACACGGCUGCCAGGAGCACCAUCGUCAGCGACAUUGCUGUGGAAAUGCUUUUCAUUCUAGAUAUCAUCCUGAACUUCCGCACCACUUAUGUGAGCCAGUCAGGUCAGGUGGUCUAUGACUCCCGGUCCAUCUGCAUCCACUACGCUGCUACUUGGUUCUUUGUGGAUUUGGUGGCUGCGUUACCCUUCGACCUCCUCUACGCAUUCAACAUCACUGUUACAUCCCUUGUUCAUCUGCUGAAGACAGUGCGUCUGCUGAGGCUGUUGCGCCUCCUGCAGAAGCUGGACCGUUACUCUCAGUACAGCGCGAUGGUGCUCACUCUGCUCAUGUCCAUGUUCGCAUUGCUGGCUCACUGGAUGGCCUGCAUUUGGUACGUCAUCGGCCGGAAGGAGAUGGAGCGCAACCACAGCAACGACUGGGACAUAGGUUGGCUGCAUGAGUUGGGAAGGCGUUUGGAGACUCCGUACCUGAACAGCACAGUUGGUGGACCCUCCGUUCGGAGCGCCUACAUUGCCUCUCUAUACUUCACCCUCAGCAGCCUCACCAGCGUGGGCUUUGGAAAUGUUUGCGCAAACACAGACGCUGAGAAAAUCUUCUCCAUCUGCACCAUGCUCAUUGGGGCGCUCAUGCAUGCAGUAGUGUUUGGGAACGUGACGGCCAUCAUCCAGCGCAUGUAUUCACGCCGAUCGCUCUACCACACACGCAUGAAGGACCUGAAGGAUUUUAUCCGUGUCCACCGGCUCCCUCAGCAGCUGAAGCAGCGCAUGCUUGAGUAUUUCCAGACCACGUGGUCCGUCAACAAUGGCAUCGACGCCAAUGAGCUGCUGCAUGAUUUCCCAGACGAGCUGCGGGCAGAUAUAGCCAUGCACCUGAAUAAGGAUAUCCUGCAGUUGCCGGUGUUUGAGGGGGCGAGCCGUGGGUGUCUGCGCUCUCUCUCCCUGCACAUUAAAACAUCAUUCUGCGCCCCGGGAGAGUAUCUGAUCCGCCAGGGUGAUGCCCUGCAUGCCAACUACUUCGUCUGCUCGGGGUCGCUGGAGGUGCUGAAGGACAGCAUGGUGCUCGCCAUACUCGGAAAAGGUGAUCUGAUUGGCUCAGACCUUCCAGGGCAGGACCAUGUGAUCAAAACAAAUGCAGAUGUGAAGGCCCUGACCUACUGUGACCUGCAGUACAUCAGUGUGAAAGGGUUAAAAGAAGUGUUAGAGCUUUACCCUGAAUACGCCAGCGUCUUUACCGCAGAUAUCCACCAUAACCUCACGUACAACCUGAGAGAGGGCAGUGAGGCUGAGGGCCUCACGAGGUUUUCACGCUCUCCCAGAUUCCCUCAUAACAAUCGGGUGGACUCCAGCGCAUCAACAGACAGCAAGCUUCCCUCCAUUGUAGAAACCAGUGGUGAUCUGGAUGAUUAUUAUCAUCUUUCACCAGCCUCACGGUCUCGCCGGAAUCUUCUCCUGCCCAGUCUGAGCAGCCCAGUGCGCCGCACGUCCCUGGGGAACCUUCUGGGCGAUGAGCUGCGGCAGUUUAACGCCCUCCGCCGCUGCCGUUCACCCGUCAGAGGCAGCUGUAAAAGCCCCUCGCCCAAACUGCAGGCCAAAUCGGACCACCAGCCACAUACUGCACCCUCCACUCCACCUAAUAGCACUCACAGUGCCCAGAGCCAAGCGGGCAGCGCAGCACGCAAACCUACAAAGCUGCUCAUCCCCACCCUCAGCUGCCUCAGACCCCCUGACCUCAGCCCAAGGGUGGUUGAUGGGAUUGAGGAUAACGGGCGUGUGUUUCACUUCAGUGCCGAGCACAGUGGGAGCAAUGCUAGUGCUGUGGAAUCCAGAGAUUCUCUUCAGGUGAACACGGCCCUGCUCCAGGAAACAGAGGAGGUGCGACAGAGCAUCAGUCAACUCAACAAAAAGAUGGGCAGCCUGAACCAGGAGGUGUCUCAGCUAACUAAGGAUCUGCACCACAUGAUGCAUCUUCUGCAAGCACAAGUGGCUGUUCAUCAUUAUACAGCCUCCUUGUCCUCCUACCCUUACGGUGUGCACAUGAUGUCCAACCCAGCUGCCAGCACCGCUAUGGCCUACAGCAUGGGCACCAGCAUGCACCUACACCAGGAAGCCCAUGGCCACCAUCAUCAGGUGGACCAUGCAGUCCCAGAGAACAUCAACCAUCUAGGUGCCAGCACUUGGAAUCAUGGUGGAGCAUGUGGUGCUGCUGGUACAAGUGUACAGGAGCAAUCAGAAGGUCAAGGGCACUUUACUCAGUCAGACCCUCUUCAGCCUCCAAGUAGUCCUGACCCUGGUUCCUGUAAAUGGAACUCCAUCAACACCACCACCACCUCCUACUACACCCCCCACCAGCACUCCCUCACCAGCUCUACUCUUCUCAGAAUCAGCCCAGGCCAUCAUGGAGUGGUGGCACAGGAUAGUCAGACAGAGCUCGAGGACAAAGGUCCAUCCCUUGGUAUGGCCACUGGGGGCAGUGGCCUUGCUAGCAUUAGCCGCUCACAGCCCAUUUUGUGUGCUAUGCCUUCAUACAACUUGGACUACUCCCACUUACUGUCCAGUGCGCCUACAUCUACACAUUCCCUGUUGAUGGCUAGUCGUCCAUAUCCAAACCCUCAGCCAUCAGCGGAGCCCACCUUGCCCCAUUCAGCCCCGGUUUUGAGUGACCUAAACCUGAGCUCGGCGGUUGCUCACAGUGACCGAAACAUCCCAGACACCUCCAGCCUCCUGGACGAAGAAAUUGAGGAUUGUGUCCAUCUGUCAGACUCUUCACCUCCUCUUCCAAGGCUGGAUUCUACAUCAGUGGACCUUCCUUUGGGGGAUUUGAGUCACGUGGGCCACACCAGUCGCGAGUGCCUACUGACCGAGCAAGGCUCAGUGGAGAGCCAGGACAGUGAGGUGUCUGAAUCUAGGUCCAGAAGGCCCAGCAAUGGGAUGCAGUCUCAAACCCAGAGCUCUGAAACCUCCUGGUGCCUGGAUUUGAUGGACUGAACAUCCACUAUAUGUCCAAAAGUAUAUAGUCACCCACUGAUAUCAGUAGAUCAGCAACUUUAAGGCACACCAUUUGCUGACUUUCUUGACUUAAAGUAAUGGGUGUCAGCUAAUGUCAAGCUCCCUAAUACUGGGCUGGGCUGUUUGUGAUCCACUGCUGACCUCACUAGCUGAAUGGAGUCCAUGGAGUAAUGUUUCAACAACAAGUGGAAAGUCUUCCUAGAAGGAUAGAAGCUGUUAGCCUAGGGUAACGCUGCUCCUUGUUAAUAAUUUUGACUUAGGAAGAAAUAUCGGGUAAUGAGGUGUCUAAGUGUCUUUUGGACAUACGGUGUAUCCUGGGGCUCUGACCCACACUCUGCAGACAAACUUUAUAUCCAAAAAUCCCAGGUUUGCAGUGAUUGUUUUGCAGUUUUGCUGAGUGAUUUGGAUAUACUCUGGGAUUGCUUGUUUAGUCCUAUCCCUGCAAAUGACUGAAAAACUAUGCAAGACGCAUGUCAAUUGUGCAUUAUUACAUAUUUACUUAAUCAAUACUCAGUAUACCAUGAAAUAGCUAGCCUUUGAUAUUACAUAUUUGCUACAGUUAACUGAAAGCGAAUGAUAAUUAUCCAGGGUGUUCACAAACCUUUUGGGCAUUUUGUAAAAAGGAUCGCUAACACGAACAAUUCAUUGUAGCAUUUGACUGUAGCAUUCACUAGUUACUCCAGACUAGGUGCGCCUUUGCAUUAACCUAUAUUUUUUCUUGUAGACCAUGUAGUUUACGUUCUGUAUUUCUCUUACCUUCUUGCAUGGUAAAGUUUAUCAUUCUUUUUCCUAAGGAAAAGGUAUACAACUGAAAUGUGUUAACAUUACGAAAGUUCGAAGGGUAGGACUUCUGAAAGACGUGCAAGCGCUUCGGAAUUAUCACAUGUACCGUUUGACUGUUGUCUUAAAUGGGCCAUUUCUGAGAAGGAAAUGUUUGGUUCAUGAAAUUUCCAAAAUCUUCGAUAACAGGUCACAACUGACUUAUAGAUCAGUGAACUCCCAUGUGAUUUCUGUAGUCUUCAGUGAACAUUAAUUUUAUACUGUUUACAGUAGGUUUUUACUGAAGGGUCAUUGAAAUAUUUGACAUCCCAACAACAGCUCAAUUUGCCAUUUAGAGUGAGAAGGCUUUUACAUAAAAUACAAGCUAGACAACGAUUCAAACAUAACUUUGUCUAAACUUUACAGUUCAAAAGUCUCUAUAACGAGAGUUGCGAUAUGCGGAAAUGCAAUAUGUAAUAAAAUAGGCUCAAACGAGUUAUUGCUAGCAAAUCCAUCCUUUGAGAAAUUUGGCAAAAGAUCAAAUUUGCACAAUACUUCCACUUACACCAGGUGUAGUCAACCAGCCAAGACAUGUUUGCUGUCCAGAAUUUGAUUUAUUUUAGAAAGGGAGCUAAUGUCGCUAACCUACAGUUAAAGCCAGUAGUCACCCAAAUCAUUCAUUUUUAUAGCCCACAGCAAAUCAUACUAAAUCCUAAACCACAUCAACAUAUCUGUGCAAUCUUGUGAAGAUCUGGAUGCAGUUGGAGCAGAUUGAGAAAUAAAAAACAAAAGAAAUAAAAUUUGGAUGGUAUGAUUGAUCGCAUCUGGGGUGAUUGCGGAAAAGUAAUUUUUUUUUCCCAAACCAUUCCGUUAAGUAAUCAGAAAUAUUGACAUAUUGAUUAAAGGUUUUUUUUUUGUUUUUUUUUUUGGAGAUCGUUCAGAAUUUGAGACACUGACCUCUGCAUCAGUUCAAAUGGCCAUCAAUAGGAAAGACAGCAAAUAAUAUGUCCCCCUAUAAAAACAUUGUUAUAUGUUUAUGAGAACAACUCAGCUGUAUUUAUUUAUUUACUUAUUUAUUUACUUAUGUAUUUAUUUAUUAAAUUGCAGUUCACACUGAAAUGCAACAAAAAUUACACUGAUGUGAGUAAAACUUUGUAACGUGACCAAGAGUUGAAGAAAGGUGCUGUCUAAAUAAAAUGUAUGACAAUUGUACAAAAAAUGGAGAAUAAUAGGAAUACAAAAUCAGGUUAAGGUACCAAAUGGCAAUGUUACAGAAUAAUUUGUGGUCUACUGAUGUCAAAGCCCUGUGUAAAUGACACUACAAACACCUUAGUACCAAACAAUAAUAGAUGGGAAUCGAUUUUUACCGAGUCAAAAUGAAAAAAUCCAUUUAGCUCAGAAAGCAAAGACUAAAAGCUGCUAUAACAAAGAUGCGCACACAUUCUCCGCAUGACUAACUUGUACUGUAUAUGAUGCCUUUAUAAAGCAGAUAUGCACUGUACAUAAGAAUAUGGUAUAAAGGUUAGAGAUCAUUUUGGCACAAACCAUUGAUUUUCAUACGUGAUAUGGUCGUAUGGUUACGGUAGGACUGUUAUCAGUGCUAAAUGAGCUGCCAGCAUGUUUAUACUCAUUAAGGAUGGUGUAAUUUGUCAAUGUUUCACAAGGUAUCUACUUUUUUAUGAACCAGUGAAUGAAACAGUGUCCAUAUUUGUCAAACUCAAAAUUGCUAAUGGCAGUCAUUAGGGAUUGCUGAGAGAACAUGAGAGGCUGCUGUUUAUUCUUCUUAAUUAAAAGGAAUUAAAGCUGCAAUUGAAAAGAAAUUCUUAAUUACCCAAAUUAAGAAGAUUACACAAAGUAUAAAUGCAUUAAAGAAGUAAUAAAUGUCACUUUGUUCUUGAACAGACUUUUGCAGACUCCUACAGUGCAGAGCAGAAAGGCUUUUGCUGCAGUUUCCAUACUGGCCUAAAUCAUUGCUUCUCCAUGAAUUAUACACUACCAGUCAAAGGUUUUUGCAUAGAUGUCUGAAUAUGUUUAUUUAUAACCUUUUUAGCUAUAGACAUUUUUAGCUAUAAAGGUGUUUGCCAAAAUGCUACAAGAUCUAUUUGGACGUCAAUUGAAUGCACACACCAAAUACAAUUGUCCUUCAUUGAAAGGGGUUGGCAUGGCAAUAACCAAACUGGUUGUGUCCCAGCAACCUUUUUGAUGUCUUCUACUUCACCACUAUUGUCCAAGACAUUGCCAUGGCAACAACAAAUAUCCAAACAGUUGUGUCCCAGCAACUUUAACAUGUUGACAUGUUAUAUCCAUCCUUCUAACCCCCUUUUUUUUGUGGAGUGAACAAAUUGGCAACGUUCCAUAGAAAUUGUGUCUGGUGUGCGUAGUUCUGGUGUGUAAAAUAGUAAAAAUAAGGGAAACCCUUUUGAAGGCCGUUGCACACUGGAUGUGCCACAUCACGCUGCGCAGUGUCCAGAAAUUUGAUACCUGUGUUUUUAAUGAAACUAUGCGCACCAGUGCCACAACAGUGCGCCACUCAGCAUUUUGCCAUAACCAGAUUAAAUCAAAGCCUCAGUGAGACCACAGAAAGCCAUGGUAGAUCACACGUGGCUUGAAAUUUACACAGAGAAAGGCAGAUAGCCUUUAAGAUAAACAGACAGAUGCUAAUGCUAAGUUACCUCAGCUAACGUUAUUAGCCUAGCCUUUUCCAGCUCAAAAACAGGCAGUUUGUGAAGACAUGAAAGGGUGCCAAGCAUGAUAAGUGACGCUAAAUGUUUUAUUUCAUUCGAUUAAUAUGAGUGGAGUGUAAAAAUGAAGUAAAACCUAGGGUUUCUCCCUCCCGGCAUUCUGUAGCAGCUCUGCUACAUGAUGCUACAAGGUACUGCACUGCGCGAUGCGGCGUGUUCGUUUUGCAACGGCAUUAAGAGCGGGUGUGUUCAACGUUUGACUGCUAUUGUACGCAACUAUGACUCACUUUUAUCAUAACUUCAUAUCAUUUUUCAUCUUUUACAUAAUGGUUCUCUCAGACUUCAACUAUUCUGUAACUCCACUAAAACAACAGGGUGUAAUUUGACCUGAACAACCAGGUCGUGUGAAAUUUAGAGCUUAUACUAUUUCACAUUUCUCCAAGCAUCUACAUUACAUGCAUGAAUGAUUAAUAAAGGGUCAUUAAGGAUGAAGCGGAUCAAACAACGAAAGGAUGACAAGUGACAUGGAGAGAGUUUUCUAAAAGACAUUAUGUAAUGUGCGUAUUUUACUGGUAGUCUGUAUCCCACGCACUAAACGCACACCCACACAAAAUCAUGCACACUUACAUUUUCAUUUUACAGUUCUAAAGUCUCAUUACAGUCAGUCAGACAUCACUGUCUUGUUCAGUGAACUAAUAAAUUAAACGGAAGUGUAGCCAAACUAGGUAAACUGAAAGGUGUCCAGGCAAGUUUGACAGUUCGAAAAAUAGGGUCAAUGGGGAAUUCCACUAUCCACUUUUCUGAAUAAUUAAAUCGUUAAGUUGUAAGCAAAGUCAUUCAGAGUUGUUUUAAUGCGAAAAGUGCCAUCAAAGAGAUGUGUAUCAAGUCAAAAUUGCGCACAUCCGUUGUGAAAGAAAGCAGAUGUCUGAAGAGUUUAAUGACGCUUAAAAAAGUUUAAUAACACAAAAAACUUAGGGUUAGGAACACGCUGUCUGAUGUCGGAGACAUUGAGUUGCGGUUACAUUGACUCAAUAAUCUGAUCAUAAUCAGAUUUCUGCAGUUAUCCCAUUAUUCCAAUGGUCAUGUAACCAUAUGAACUUAUAAUGAACUUAUACUUCAGUUUCUUAGAUCAAUAAAGACAGCUGCAUUUAAGCUCAGUAGUCAGAUUUCUCAGCUGAUAUGAGGAUAGCAGCAAGAGUGAAAGGGAAGGUUUACAAGACAGCAGUGCGUCCUGCUAUGAUGUGUGGUUUGGAGACUGUGGCUCUGUCUAAAAGACA